AGUUACGUUUUUCAAACGAACGGAAUUAACGGAAAACAUACGAAAAUUCUCAAUCAAAGGCAGGUUUUGGAAUAAUUAGAAUGAAUUAGAGAGCUACAACAGAAUAAUUUAAAACUAAUUUCUUAAGGCGUUAUACUAUGUUAAUUAAGUCUCAAACGAAUUCUUCCAAAAUGAUGUCUGUGCAUAAUUUCAAUCGGAGCGACAGCGAGAUCCUGCAAGAGUUGGUGCGCGUGUUCAGUGCGGGCCGCGGGACCGCCCGCGAGCAGUGGAGUGCGCAAGCCGAACUUAUAGUGGAACCAGUUGGUUGGGAUGCGUUAUGGAAACUGUCGAAACAGUUUUGCAAGAGGUUUGACGCCAGAUUCCCAUGCAUAGCAUAUGUGACAGUAUCAUCCGUGGAUUUUGAAGCACUGUCGGCAUCAGUGGAAGUACUUAGUGUGCAGCAUGCAGCUGUGUCACUUCCGGAGUCAGUGGAGGAUGUCCCACUGAUAGAGCUCUGGCCAACUACGCAGCAAAGGGAACAGUGCAUUAAUGAUGCUACGACAGCAGAAUUUAUUGACUUGUUAAGAUUCUACUACAUCAACAUCUGGAUGCCUUGGGACGACCAAGACGACAAAAUAAUCCUUCCCAACACCAUUGAAGACCGCAUGCAACUGUGGAUGGACCUGCACAACGGCACCAUACCCAACUGUGUGACUCGCACCAUAACAUUGCUGCGGAGCAGUGCGGUUAACGCUUAUGAGAAACUGAAGGAGCUGGACUCAUCUAUUUGUGAUGGGGGAUUAACUGAUGAAGAUGAUUCCCUCCUGCCACCAUCGUACAUAUCCCUCUGCGCCGAAAUGAGCGCCCGCCUGGACGGGCUCAUGUCAAAAUGGACGCUGUAUGAAAACCCGCUAAUCCGGGAACAGUACCUUGCUAAAGCAAGGAGCAAGUGGCAGAAACACAAGGCACAAAAGAACGUGAUAGCUCUCUGGCAAGGCGGCUCAAUCUCUGAAUUUGAGGAGAUGUCCAAAUUCCUCCGCUCCCGGGUGUCAAAGGAGCAGACCCUCAGCGUGCUGGUGUCUGCGGAGGAAGGCCUGGCUUUAGAACCUGAAGACAUGGUUGUGUGUAGUCCCAACUAUGAGCUGCCUGAGAUGCCGCUAUCACAGAUUUCACUUUGCAGUUUCAAAGGAGCCACCCUCAGAGCGGCAGAGAUGCGAACCUGCCUACUGCAGCUAAGCGAAGACUGUCGCCUGCGGGACUUAACCCUCAAGUGCGCGCUCGCCAACACUGUCGUAGUCAUGCGUGCGGGCACGCUGCACGUCGCCAACUGCGCGCUGUCUGACGAUUCUGAUAGUUGCCAAAGUGACUUCGCGCAAGGAAUUGUAGCGAUGUCCGGAUCAAAAAUACUCAUCGAGAACUGUACGUUCGACAAUUUCUACUCGGGAAUAGUCAUACAUAAAGGCGCUCAGGUAGAGUUGAGAGGCUGCAGCAUCAGAAAAUGUGGUGUCGGCAUCCAGAUCUACUCUGGGUCCUCAGUGCUGCUCAAUGACACCAGCAUCUCUGGAUGCUCAGAGCAUAGUGUGCGCUGUGAAUUAGACAAAACAGCUGGCAAGGUCCUUAGCAGUAUUAAAGAACUCGAAAUAAUGCCGAACUGCAGGAUUGGUUCUGGCGACAUCAAGGAGGAGGUUCUAAUCGUUUCUCAAGAUGCCAGCUUAUUAUAAACCUUAUGGAGUGCAUAUAGGGUGUAUUUUCAACCUUUAUUAAAAAUUAAAAUUGUUUAUUUCAUAGUAUGUCCAUAAAAAUUGCUCGGCCACGGAACGCACGCUCCAAGCGUCACGAGCGUGCACGCCCCUGACGCUCUGAGCACGUUUCGUUGACCUCGGGCUAGCCAUUGAUAUAAUAACGAUUCUUGGUUUAGGACAUGUAUGGAAUCAACCCCGUCAUAGCCAAAAUGGCGAAAAAAAUUUGUUUGCCGGAAAAAAUGAGAUUUAUUAGGCAUAAAUCGCAUAAUGUAUGAACUUGAAUAUGUUUUUCGCUUUACCUAACGGUUGAAAACAUUAGUCAUUUUUUAGUCAAAAGAUACCACAUUAGUUGUCGUUAAGGACGUUUUCUGAUUGUUUCGGUCAGUAGUGCGUUAUUGCCAGUAGAGCCCACAGACUAUGUACCCUUUUUCUUAAAACUACAUAAUUGAUGGCAGCAUGUUUUUACAUAUGUAGUGCAUAAUUGUUUUCCAUCGUAUUUUCCCGGAAACGUUCGUAUUUGUCAUGCUACUUCAGCCAACCUCAGUACUUUUUGUACCGAGACUGACUAAAAACGAUGGAAAAUAAUUAUGUACUACAUCUGUACACCACUAUGUGGGUUUUGUUUUAAUUCAUUCUAAAUGAACUUAAAAUUACCAAAGGGCUUAACUUCAAAAUGAUAGCAUAAACAUAUAGGUAUAUAAUGUUUUAUUGGCUACAUAGAGAAAUCUAAAACUAGGGACCCACCUAAAUGUUAGAAUAGCUUUAACAAACUUUGUAACAAAUAUUAUUAGGGUUCCGUACCCAAAGUGUAAAAACGGGACCCUAGUACUAAGACUCCGCUGUCCGUUUGUCUGUCACUAGGCUGUAUCUUAUUAGAUAACUCUCAACUGAUCAACUGCCUAGCUAUCACGGUUUAUUAACCGUGAUAGCUAGACAGUUGAAACUUUCACAGAUGAUGAAAGUAUUUCUGUUGCCGCUAUAACAAAAAAUACUAAAUAAAGUACGGAACCCUCGGUGCGCGAGUCCGACUCUCACUUCGCCGGUUUUUUUUAGUAAAUAACACGACGAUAACUCAUACACGUAGCCAAUAUCUGAAUAAAUAAGUCUUC